AUGGCGAAAGUGACCAAGAAUAACUUGGCCUUUAAGAAACCGAUCAUUUCUACAGCGGAGAAUUUGAUCUCAACUGAUGAUCUACUGUCUAAUCUGGCGUCGUUACAUGAAGAACUUUCCUCGUUACCGCAAGAUAAUGUUAAUUUUGAUAGUUUAGAUGAAUACAAAACUGGUUUAGCUAACAAAAAAUUGUUGAAACACAAAAACCCAGGAGUACGUGCCUUUGUUGCAUGCUGUUUGAGUGAUAUCCUACGAUUAUAUGCACCAGAUGCACCAUAUACAGAUACCCAAUUGACUGAAAUCUUCAAACUUUUCCUUUCACAAUUCGAACAAUUGGGCUAUCCAGAAAAUGGAUAUUACAUUCAACAAACUUUUUUAAUCACCAAACUACUUGAAUACAGAUCAAUAGUUUUAUUGACCGAUUUACCAACAUCAGAGAAAUUAUUAGAAAAUUUAUUUCAAAUAUUUUAUGACGAUUCGAAAAAUUUCCAACCAAAGCUAUUCAAUGUAAUUGGGAAUUUUCUAGGUGAGGUCAUUUCAGAGUUCGAUUCCGUCCCUAUUUCUGUGUUAAAACUGAUUUUUAAUAAGUUUUUAACUUACAAUCCCGAAGAAUUACCCAAGGGUCUCGGUAUAGUUUCAAACUGUGGUUAUGAAGUAAGUUUGAUUUUAUGCGAGGGAUACUCCAGCAGAAUGGGUAGACAUUUAACAAGAUACUAUUCUGAAAUUCUCUAUCAUGCGAGUAACGAUAAUGAAAGAAUGACUUAUGAAUCAAGAAAUAACUUGAAAGUUAUUCUUUCCAAAUUACAUAAACUAGUUAUUAAGAUCUGGGAAACGGUGCCUGAAUUGGUCGCCUCAGUCAUAGGGUUUAUAUAUCAUGAAUUGUCUUCAGAUAAUGACCAAAUAAGAAUACUAGCGACAAAACUGGUAGGGACACUUUUAACUAUAAACUCUGAUUUAAAUUUCCCAGCCACCCACCAAGAUACCUUCAAAUCUUGGAUGUUGAAAAUUGCUGAUGUUAAUCCAGAAGUGAGAAUACAAUGGAUUGAAACUAUUCCCGAAAUAUUACUAGUCAGAGAUGAUAUUUCAUCAGAAAUUGAAAAGGGACUGGCGAAAACUUUAAUUGACACGGAUCCAAGAGUCCGUAAAUUGUCUGUAGUUGUAUUUGAGGAAGUUCCACUUUCUGAAGUUCUCAAGAAUAUUACAAAUGAUGCAGUAUAUUCUUCCCUUUUGCAUCUAACUAGAGAAAAGAAUAGGGAUGUUAGAGAACUUUCUAUCAAUACGGUUGCCAAAUUAUAUUCCAACUCACUUCAAUCGGAUGACAGCUCUUUCCAAAAUAAUAAAGUCCAUGAGAUAAUAAAUAGCAUUCCAUCCGUUUUAUUCAACCUUUAUUAUAUUAAUGAUCCAAAUAUAAAUGAACAAGUUGAUACCGUUAUAUUCGAAGAUAUUUUACCCAUAGAUACUGAUAAUGAAUCAAGGAUCAAGAGAUUAUUAAGUGUAUUGGCCAAUUUAGAUAAAAAAGCCUUUACAUCAUUCUUUGCAUUUAACAAGAGACAACUAGAGAUGAGUAGAGCCUUUUCAAAAUAUAUCGAAUUCUGUGAACAACUGAAUAACUUAAGCGAUGAUGAUAAUGAUGAAUCCAGCACAAAGUCGAAUAUCAUGCUUUUACUUCAAAAGACGAUUACUUGGUUGGCUGCUGGGCUGGCAGAUCCUACAAAAGGUACAGAAGCCCUGAACACUCUUCGAAAAUUGAAUGAUCCAAGAUUAUAUUAUUUAGUUAAAACAUGCAUCUCAAAUGAAGUUACCUUCUCCACAUUGAAAAAUAGUUAUAAAGAAUUAAGUAACAAGCUUCAAGAUCCCGGAUUGUUUAGGAAAUAUAACAUGAAGUCGGUCUCGACCAUAAUUCCAAGAGAUCUUGCCAAAGAAGUUAAGAUUCUUCUUCUGAGAUCAUCUCCAAUAAUCUAUAAUGUUUCCAAUAUUUCUUCUUUAUUGAACAUAUCUCAUCCAUCUGGAGAUACUGAAGUUGAACUAAAACGUAAAUUACUAGAUAACAUAUCAAAAGUCAACCCUACAAUUUUUAAAGACCAAGUAAGGAUGCUAAAGGACAGCAUUAAUGAAUAUGAAGAGUCCAACACUGGAGAUAAUAAUUUGACAAUAAAUGAAACAUUGAAAACACUUUAUAAGAUUUCAAAAGUGUUAAAGGAACAAAUUGAUUUUGACGAUAGCUUCUUCUUAACGAAAUUGAACGAUAUUGCACUAGAGGGUAAACCCAUGAUGGCAAAAUAUGCAACGAAGAUAAUAUGCAUGUCACCUGCUCCCGAUGAUUUAUUAACGAGAAUAAAGAAGUAUAUUUUGCCACUUGAUCGUGAGAAGGAUAAUAACUUCACGGCCCACGUAAUUGUUUUGAUGGAGAUUUUCAAAUUUCACCCUCAUAUCUUAGAUGAAGACUCAACAGAUAUUGUCAGUUACCUCAUUAAAGAUAUUUUACUUUCGAAUGAGGUGGUUGGCAAUCAGGACAAUGAUUCUUCUUGGGUGACUGAUAGUCAAUUAGAUGAAUCAAAAUAUUAUCCUUUGGCUAACAAGAUAUUUGCAUUGAAAUUAUUUACCAACAAAUUGAGAGCCAUUGCUGGAAGCGUUAAUAACGAUGAUCUUGCUAAGACAUUUGCUGAAAAAACGGUUAAGCUGGUCUUUUAUUUGAUUGCAAGUGGUGGUGAAUUGAUAUCUGAAAACAACACCGAAAACUAUCCGACUCCUGAUGCCUAUCAAACCAAGUUAAGAUGUUAUUCCGGAUUACAACUUCUAAAACUAGCCAAAAUACCAAAGAUGCAACACUUUAUUAAAUCUGCUGAUGUGAUAAAAUUAGUGAAUAUUGUCGAAGAUGAAUCAUUACCAGUCAGAAAGACCUUCCUUGAUCAUUUAAAAGAAUACAUUGGAAGUGAGUUAAUAUCAAUUAAGUUUCUGCCUCUUAUUUUCUUCACAACGUAUGAACCUGAUAAAGAAUUAAAAAAGAAUACAAAGACUUGGAUAAACUAUACGUUUAGUAAACCUUCCUUCAAAAAGGGAACAUUUUUUGAAAGAAUAUUACCGAGGUUGAUUCAUGCAAUUGCUCACCACCCUGAUAUUGUUGAAGGGUUACAGCAGACAGGUGAGGCAUAUUUGAAUGCACUAACAACAUCAGUUGAUUAUCUGAUUUUCUACUUUGAUUCUAUAGCGACUCAAGAAAAUUUCAAUCUAUUGUAUUAUCUAUCGGAAAGAGUCAAAAACUAUAGAGACAGAGUUGCUGAAGAAGAAAGUAAAGAAGAAGAAGAGGAAGAAGAAAAAGCUACUGAUGGGGAUGAUGUAGGAAAGGAAAACAAAGAAUCUGUCAACCUUGAUGAUAAUCCAUUAACAAGAAUGUAUAUUAUUAGUGAACUGUCUCAAAUGAUUCUACUAAAAUUGAAGGAAAGGAAGGAUUGGCAACAUUCAGCAUACCCUGGAAAAUUAAACUUGCCAGGUGACGUUUUCAAACCAUUUAAUAGUAUUCAAGAGGCACAAGCAUCUUUUAAACCAUACCUCAACGAAACAUAUACUGAAAAACUGGAAAAUAACAUUAGGGCUAAAGUGGGACGUAUUGUUCAUUCGUCGCAAACGCAUAGACAAAGAGUUCAAAAGAGAAUGUUGGCCAGUGAAUACCAUGGUCCUGAUAAAAAGAAAAGAAGACAGAAAGGAAUGAUUAAUGCUGACUCUUCUAGUGACAGUGAAGGCGAUGACAGAGCUGUACAUGCCCCUCUGAGGAAAAAUUUGAGGGAAAGGAAGAAUAUUGAUUACCAGGACGAUGACAGCGAGUCUGAACAGGAAGAAGAAUAA